CUCUCUCUCUCUCUCUCCAACAUACACUCUCUAAUUCUAUAUCAAAACUCUCUAUUUAAUGAGAAAACCUAGAAUUUUUUUUCUAAAAUUGUAAGAUCUGGCUCGCUUUCAAGUGCGAAGACUUUGAGGACCUAGAAAACCUGCAAAAAAUGGAAAGCUUCGGUGUGUUGAUGACCCAGCCCAUGAUGCCCUACCUUCAAGAAGAGAUAUCUCGUCGAUUCAAGAUUUUCAAGCUCUGGGAAGCUCCAAACCAGGCCAAAUUCCUCUCUGAAAACGCUGCUUCAAUACAAGCAAUUGUAGGGGACUCUGCAGUUGGCGCCAAAGCAGAAUUUAUCGAUGCUUUGCCAAAUUUGGAGAUUGUUGCUACUUGUUCAGUGGGCCUUGAUGCCAUUGAUUUGGAGAUGUGCAAGGAGAAGGGGAUCAGGGUUACAAAUACACCGGAUGUUUUGACUGAUUGUGUUGCUGAUUUAACGAUCGGGUUGAUUAUUUGUACAAUAAGGCAGCUUCAUAUGGCUGAUCGACAUGUGAGAGAGGGGAAAUGGAUUACUUUUGGGAAUUAUAAAUUGACCACCAGGUUUAGCGGCAAAACUGUCGGAAUAAUAGGGUUAGGCCGGAUUGGGCUAGCCAUCGCCAGAAGGGCUGAAGCAUUCGGUUGCCCUAUCACCUACUACUCAAGAUCGGAAAAACCCGACUUCAGAAACUACAAGUAUUACUCAAACGUGACCGAACUUGCCACCAAUAGUGACAUACUUGUGGUCGCAUGCCCUUUGACUGAAGAGACACACCACAUAAUAAGCCUGCAAGUAAUAGAAGCCUUAGGACCGCAGGGUGUCCUUGUAAAUAUUGGUCGAGGAGCACUUGUGGAUGAGCCUGAGAUGGUAACUGCACUGCUUGAUGGUCGACUAGGUGGGGCUGGGAUUGAUGUGUUUGAGCAUGAGCCUGAGGUCCCAAUGGAGCUCUUUGGGCUCGACAAUGUGGUGCUUGUGCCUCAUGUUGGUAGUGCUACUUGGGAGACUCGCAAGGAGAUGGCAGACUUAGUGCUCGGAAACCUUGAGGCCCAUGUAUUGAAGAAGCCACUGCUCACAGCUGUUGUUUGAAGUUGUAUCUGUGCAGUUCUGCAUUACUUGUGUUCUGAUUGAUUGUUGGUUGUGUAAUUGAGCACUUCUGAAUGAUUGAAACUGUCAUUUAAUGGUCAAAUUAAUCAUGGCUUGGUGAUUAUUCUUGUCAA